GCCAAAACGGCAACCUCUAUUCACGCUGCCAAGUGCCAAGGGUUUCCGGCUCCAUCCCCUCCGGCGGCUCGUCCCGGCCAGCAGCGCACCGUCUCAUCUGUCCACGCCCCAUCCCGCCCAGCUAUUUCUGCGUAGCUCCUCUACUGCUCUCAUGCCGAGCAAGCCAAGCAGCGCCAUGGCAGUGGCCGCGGCCUCUCCGGCGGGUGGCGGCGGAGUCGCACGCCUGGAAGCCCUGGCCAUGGACAAGGUGGCGGAGGCGGCCGACGCAGUCGCCAUAGCGUCGAGCGCCGGCGAGGUUGUCCGCGCGAUCCACGCUGUUGCUGUCCUCCUCUUCCCUGUGGACUCCGCCACUGUCGCUGGCACCUUGGACGAGCCCAUCAAAAGCCAGAUUAUCAGUGUUCUGAGCCUCAGCCAUGACGAAAGGGAGUCUUGGAGGCGUGCUUUUUAUCAUGGUCCAGCAUUUCCUACCAUGUCUAAGAUAUUACUUGGCAAUAUUGCUUUGAAGUGGCUACGGCAGAUUCACAACACUGUGAGGAAGGAAGUCUAUGAUUCCUUUUUUGUCAGAGGACCUCCUACUGAAGUGAUUCAGGCUCUUGUUCCAGCUUUAUCUCAAAAUGAAAACUCUAAGGAGGAUCAUAACAUUUUUUGUUUGAACAUUGAAAGGCUAUUAAUAUUAUGCUUGCUUGAGAAUAAGGGGGUGGGCCAGAUUGUUGCAGAGUUUAUGUUUCUCAAUAAGCAUAAUGAUGGCGUUCUCAACCCAGAUAGAACAACUUUCAUCUCAAGGCUUGCACAACUACUUGCAUCUGUUCCAGAUAAAGCAAGAAUGGGAGCCUCAUCUGCACUUACAGCGUCGUCAUUCUUCAAGAGUGUUGUCAGCCAACUUCUUGUUCGAGCGGAAGAAGCAGCUAUCGAGUCGUCUGCUAACAAAGAGUUUAACGAACAGGAUGCACUAAGUUCUGUGUUGCUCUUUGUGGGUGAAGUGUUAUCCCGUGUUAGCCGUCGUGGAUCUACUGGCAUUUUAGUUGCUGAAUUGAUCCCUAUGAUCCGUAAUCACUUACAAAGAUGUGUAGCACCAGACUGUAAGACGAUAAUUCCUGACAUGAUCAAGCAUGUUCCUCAGUCUCGGUUUUGGUUCACUGUGAUUGAAGCAUUGAGAGAUCAGCAUUCUAUUGAAAGAUUGACUGAAGAGAUGUUGCGCCAACUUGCAUCACACCAUUUAAAUGAUGAAGAAGCGUACUGGAUUUUGUGGACUCUGUUUAAUCAGAGUAUCAUGCAUAUUGCUGUUAUGAGGGCAAUGUUUAUUGACAAAUUUUUGCUUUGGAAAACAUUUCCAUUAUGCUGCCUGAGAUGGAUUCUUCAUUAUGCUGUCUUUGAAUUCCCACCAAAUUCAGUCGCAGAAGCCCAAAUGCGAAGGACAUCAAACUUCCUGGUUACAUUGCAAUGUUUAGUUACUGUUUGGUCCAAGAAAGAGUUUGUUCAGUCAUAUUCAGUGGAGCAACAAGCUUAUAUCACUGCAGCAAUAGGGUUAUGUUUGGAGAACAUGUCAAAAGAAGAAUUAGAAAUGAAUAGAGAUGUAUUAAAUUGUAUUCUUCAAGGAGUAAGCUGUAGGUUAGAGAGCCCAAUUGAUUUAGUCCGGAAAAUGGCAAGUGCUGUUGCAUUGACAUUUUCUAAAGUCGUUGAUCCAAAAAAUCCUCUUUACCUUGAUGAUGACUGUUCUGAGAAUGUUGACUGGGAGUUCGGGGUUCUCUCUCCAAAGGAGAUCACAGCUCCUUCACAUGAUGUAGAAUUUGGAAGCAAAUCAAAACCAUGUCCACGUAAGAACAGGAAACAUGCUGGUGACAAAAAGGGAAAGACUAUCAAGCAUGAUAUUUCAGAUAACAGAGUAAAAAUCAUAGAGAUCAAGUCAAAACUAGAUUCUGAUGAAAUGUCUGGCGCUGCUAUAAAUUUUGAGGAACAUUAUGACGAGGAAAGCAUUAACAUUGAUGCUUCCAGUGAUUCAUCCCUGGAGCCGUAUGAUCUGUCAGAUGAUGACACUGAUUUGCAGAAGAAUUUCACACAUCUAAGUGAUCUUGCAGCUGCACUGCGAAAACCUGACGAUCUAGAUGGUGUUGAAAGCGCUCUUAGUUCUGCCGAAAAGCUUGUGAGGGCAUCACCUGAUGAGCUGCGCCACUGCUCGGGUGAUCUUGUUCAAGCACUGGUACAUGUUCGUUGUUCUGAUGUCGCGAUGGAAGGCGAGGAAGAUUCUGCUGAAGAAAAGCGACAGAAGGCAUUAGUCGCUUUGCUGGUAACCAGCCCAUUUGAAUCAUUAGAUGUUCUUACCAAAUUGCUAUAUUCAUCGAGUGUGGAUAUAAGUCAGCGUAUUUUAGUUAUUGAUGUUAUGACUGAGGCAGCACAGGAACUUGCUGAAACUAAAAUUGUAAAGAGUGAACAGCGGCAUGGGAACUUGAUAUCUGAUACUUCUCCGUCUUGGCUGGUUCCUAGGGAGAGCGGACCUGUUGGGGCAAGCCCUUGGAGAGAGGUAUCAGAAACAGGAUCACUUUUGAAAAAUUGGUCACACCGGUAUGAAAGAGAAGUUCCAUCUAGACCAGGCCAGGUUAAAUCAGGAAAAUCUCGCAAAUGGGGUCUUGGGAAAGCAAAAGAUUCGCAGGUGGAGCGGUCAAAAAACAGAUUUCCUUUGUAUGCUGCUGCAUUUAUGCUCCCGGUUAUGGAAGGAUAUGACAAGAGAAGACAUGGGGUGGACUUGCUCAAUCGGGAUUUUGUUGUCCUAGGUAAAUUGAUAUACAUGCUUGGUGUCUGUAUGAAGUGCAUGGCAAUGCAUCCGGAAGCAUCAGCCAUUGCCCCAGCUUUUCUGGAUAUGAUAAGAGCCAGGGAGGUCUCGCAACAUGCUGAAGCAUAUGUGCGAAGGUCUGUGUUGUUUGCAGCUUCUUGUGUAUUGAUAGCCUUGCACCCGUCAUAUGUUGCAUCAGUUCUUAUAGAAGGCAACCAGGACAUUUCUACUGGUUUAGAAUGGAUACGUACAUGGGCCUUGCGUAUUGCUGAAGCUGAUCCUGAUACAGAGUGCACAUCGAUGGCCAUGAACUGCCUGCGGCUCCAUUCAGAGAUGGUGCUCCAGACAUCCCGCGCCCUGGAAUCUGCAGAACAUUCCAAGGCUGGCACCAGGGCACUACCUUCUAAGCCCGAUAACAUUAUAAUACCAUUCGCAAACAUGAUGUGAUCUGAUGCAGUCUUGAAGUUGUAAAGGGAAUUUUCUUUCUCAUUUGUGUUACCGUACUAUAGAUUUUUUUUAGUCGUGCUAUAGAAUUGCUUUAGUGUAUUCUUUGUUUAGAAUAAUAACGAUUUAGUGUA